AGGUGAACUAAUGUUGUAAGUGUAAUACCUUACCAGUAAUAUUAUUGUAUUAGUGAGUAGCUUACCUAAAGUAGUGUGCUGCAUUAGGAUUACUCUGAAUUACCUUGGCACAUCACUGUGUUAGGCUUCACCUUUAAUUUGGUGUGACAAGGAACUGCUCUGUAUCCCUUUGCUGGAUGUUCCCUAGAUGAGAUAAACUCUGGCCUCAGUGCCUCAACCAUGAAGAUAGAUCGCACAAAGCUCAAGAAGAGCAACUCGGAGGUGCCAGCGGACUGUCGAUGGCUGAUAGAGAAGCUACAAACUUGCAGUGAUGAGGAGUUACUUGAGGUGCUUCGAGGCUUCCACUCCUGGAGCUUUGGCAAGUGUGAGCUUUACCACUGGACCUUCGUCCUGGACAGAUUUGAUGGCAUCCUGGAGCAGGCAGCCACUCGACAGCAGCCUUCAAGUGGAGAGCUUCAGGAGUCUUGGGUCUUGCACUGUGACCUUCCUGAAAAUGCACAGGAACAAAAGCUUGUGGUGUGGUUGCUGCACUUCACCACGCUGCUGGUGGAGCACAGCUUCUCACGUCACCUCUACUCUUCAGUAGACCACCUCAACUCCUUGCUGGCCUCGUCCAGCAUGAGGGUCGUGCUUGCUGUUCUCAACCUGCUUUAUAUGUUCAGCAAGAGAUCCAACUUCAUUGCGCGGCUGGCUGCGGGGCCGCGUCAGACGCUCUUGGCACGCCUCAUGCACCUUGCCGAGUCCUGGGGGGGCAAGGAGAAUGGCUUUGAUCUUGCCCGCUGCUGUCAGAACCUGCCACUUGAGUGCUACCCCGCAAGCGCCACAACUCUCCACUUCGAAGCCUUGGCCAGGGACGCCUCGGUGUCAGGUGAUGGUGGUAAGCUGCCCGCACCUACCGUCGCUGUACAGAUCCCUGCGCUGCAUAAGCGUGCGGCCAUCAACACGCCCUCACAGAUCAUGGAUGAAAUCCUGCAGCUGCACAACAUCCCUAAGGACUCGCAGAUGGCAGUGUUCACACACCUGCGUCUGGCGUGUCAUUUCGGGCAGCACGAGACCCGACUGCAGUGUGUACAGGCGAGGCUUCAGGCGCUCUCUGUCCUCGUUUACUGCAAUGCCCUGCAGGAUAAUGCCAACACGUUGCUGUACUCUGGCCUGCUGGAUGAAUUCGUCGCGGUUCUUGAGCUCAAGGAGCCUGGCCUUACUGAGAUCAAGGCUGCCACUCUCCGAACUCUCACGUCCAUAAUCCACCUAGAGCGACUUCCUUACUUUCCUAAGCUGAGCACCAUCAUGGAUGUGACUGGUGCUUCUUCCUAUCAUGGCUUCUUACCCGUACUGGUGCGCUCCUGCAUUGCGUCUCUCACGUCUCCCACCAACACUAAUGGCAGCAGCAGUUCCAGUGAAGCAGAGCAACCAUUUCCAGCACCUCUGGCCACGGCGCUGUUCUCGUUUCUUUAUCACCUCGCUAGCUACGAAGCGGGUGGAGAGGCGUUGGUAGCGUGUGGUAUGAUGGAGGCCUUGCUUUCUGUCGUCAACUGGCGCACCACUGAACCUGAUCACAUCACAUUUGUCACGCGUGCCGUCAGAGUUAUUGAUCUCAUAACAAACUUAGACAUGCAAGCUUUUCAGGCACAUGGUGGCCUAAGUGCCUUCAUUAACAGACUAGAACUCGAAGUAAACGAGUGCCGUAAGGAACAGCCCUUUGUAAUCAACCCUCCAAAUGCGCCUGAGGAAGUUCCUCCCUCACCCCAGCCCAUGGAUACGGAUGCGUCCAUGGAGCAAGGGAACGUAGAAGCCAUUCAUUCUGUUGCAUCAACAUCGAGCGUGUCACCUCCCGACGCGUCUACUCUCAAUCUCGGCCCUGAUGAGGAAGAGAAAGAAGAUCCUGCAGCAGCCGGAGCAGCUGGCGGAGCUUUCAGUGCAGCAGGCGGAACAUCCAAUGCAGCUGAUGGAACUUCUGAUGCCGCUGAUGGAGCAUCCAAUGCAGACAAUGGAGCUUCCAAUGCAGACAAUGGAGCAUCCAAUGGAGCUUCCAAUGCAGUUGAAGGAGCAUCCAAUACAGCUGAUGAAGCAUCCAAUGCAGCUGAUGGAGCAUCCAAUGCAGCUGAUGGAGCAUCUAAAGCAGCUCCUGGAACAUCCAUUGCAGACGAUGGAACUUCUGAUGCAGCUGAAGCACACGCUGACACGUCUGCCACCGGUGUGGCAGGUCUCAAUUUAGAUUCUAGCCCUGUGGUCGGUGACUCUGCUACUAUUAGCUACCCUGAUUAUAGUGCCGCUAAAACCAAUCUUACGUGUCUGGCCCAAAGAGCGGCACUCCUUAAAUCCAUGUUAAAUUUCCUGAAGAAGGCUAUUCAAGAUCCGGCAUUCAGUGACAGCAUGCGGCACCUUAUGGAGGCCUCGUUGCCGUCAUCUCUGCGUCACAUCAUAAGCAAUGCUGAGUACUACGGGCCUUCCCUCUUCCUCUUGGCAACGGAUGUUGUCACCGUCUAUGUCUUUGGUGAGCCAUCAUUCCUUUCGUCUCUACAAGAUAACGGCCUCACUAAUGUCGUCCUUCACGCGCUUCUCAUCAAAGACGUGCCGGCUACUCGCGAAGUGCUGAGCUCACUCCCUAACGUCUUCAGUGCCUUGUGUCUUAAUUCGAGAGGCCUGCAAGCUUUCGUCGCCUGCAGACCUUUUGAGAAGCUCUUCCAGGUGCUCCUGUCACCUGACUAUUUGCUGGCAAUGCGACGACGGCGUUCAGCAGACCCUAUGGGUGACACUGCCUCUAACCUAGGCAAUGCCAUGGAUGAGUUGAUGCGGCACCAGCCUAGUCUCAAGACGGUUGCAAUGAAAGCCAUCGUGUUGCUUCUGAAGGAGCUAUGUCAUCUUGGCAAUGAUAAGAGCUUCGUGUGCUGGAAGACACCUCCUAAGAAUGAGCCCUCUCCCGCUCCUAGCUCGCGUUCUUUGGAGCGAGAGACUAACGAUAAUUCCAGUGAUGAAGAAGAGUAUGACGAAGAGGAGAGGGAGGUAGUGACUGAAAAUGUCGAGGGCAACGAUGCUGUUGAUGUCUCAGUUUCUGCUGUCUCUGCCGCUGCUGCUGAUGUUUCUGUCGUCUCUUCUGAUGUUGCAGGCAGCUCAGGCUCUAAUUGCUCGCAGGAAAAGAGAGGCGAUAUCUCAAACACCAGUGAUGAGAAGAAGCCUGUGCCUUUAGUGGACUAUAUACUAAACGUGAUGAAAUUUGUUGACGCCAUACUGAGCAACAACGCUACCGAUGAUCACUGCAAGGAGUUUGUGCUGCAGAAGGGACUUGCUCCGCUACUUGAGAUUUUAGGACUGCCUAAUUUACCUCUGGAUUUCCCGUCCUCAAACGCCUGCGUCGCUGUUGGCUCUGUUUGCAAGUCAAUUCUCAACCUGGCUCACGAAAGUGGCGUUGUGAAGUGCGGCCUGGAGUGUGUGGAACAGAAGCUCCAGACGCUUGCUCCCUUCAACAUGAACAGAUCAAACGACUCCAUGUUAUUGCUGGAGGUGCGCAUGGCGGUUGAGGCGUGUGGCAGUGAGGCGCUCAACAGCCCUGCUGACCCUCUCCUUAACGCUCAACGCACUCCUCUUGUGCACACACUUACUGCAGUACACGCAUACUGCACCAUGCUGGUGCACGUGUGUCGGACGAGUCAGACUGACAUCAGGCAGCUGUCGGUGAGCCAGUGGGGCAGUGAUGUUGGCCUUAGGGUCUUAUCAGGCCUCGCACUUCUGUACCAGACCCUCGUGUGGGAGACCACCAUCCUCAUCAACACCAUCGCAGACCUCGAAAAGACGGCUGCAUCGGACGCCUCUAAGGAUGGAAGUGGCAUUGAACCCAUGGACACGGAGAGCAGCGAUGCUAGUGCUGCUGCUGCUGCUGCUGCUGCAUGUGAACUGCAGCUCAAACUCAGCCGACAGCUUCUAGCGUCUGCCUCUAGACUGGGCAAAGUGCUGGCUGAGCUGUUUACGCUGCUGGUUAAGCUGUGUGUGGGUUCACCUCUCCGGCAACGUAGAGGACAGAGCUUGCCUCCCACCCCAGCCUCACCAUCAGUGUCUGCGCGAACGGUUGCUGAAAGCCUCGCUAGUCUUCUGCAGUCUCUUCUGCACUGGCCCCCUUCUACACCGGAGUCUGGCGAAAGCACUGCUGUGGCCGCCUUACCCAGUAACACAGGGCUAGAUAAGCUGCAGCUCACCUUCAUGAUCUGCUCACUUCGGUUCACAAGUCCCAUGUUGUUUGAUGAUAAGAAGAUGCCUUAUCAUCUACUUCUCCACUACUUCUUCCAGUGUCACGGUCUUACCGCGUUUUUCGAGAGCUUCGAAUGGGCUUUGGAAGCAGCAGAUGCACAUUUCAAGAGCGCUGGGCGCGAGAAAAGCGCCGGCAAAAAGGAUGAGGUUGGCGACACGUUGCUGGAGUAUCUAGAGAGUUGGUGUGCUCUGCUUGAACGCCUCGUUAACCCACGGCACAUGCUCGAGUCUCCACACGCUCUGCCGCCUAAAGUCUACCCGCUGGGAUGUCUUUCGUUCAAUCCCCUCUCAUUCCUCAUGCACAUCCAGAAGGUUGCAUUCAAAGCAGUACUGAAGAUAUGGGAACGCUCGUGCGUGACGAGCUACAGCUUGAACCUUACCGAGCUGGUUUUGGGGGUCUUAUGCUCCAUCUUGAAGGCUGAACUGGUUAUUUCGGAGCGUCUGAGUAAGGAGAAGCAGUCAUCGCCUUCCACUGGUGGUGCACUCGGUAAUCUUGGCUCCGAUCUUGUGAUGGUGGCAUCUGCCCCCUCAACCCACAUCCCUGCUUCUGUUGUCACGACCACAACUAACACUGCUGCUGCGUCCGCUCAGCUCCCUGAAGCGAGCUCAUCUUCGAGCGGUGUAGCCGAGUCAAGCUAUAGCGAUGGUCCAUUGCGGCCAGCUGCUGCUCUAAUAGCGUCGCUCAUAUCCUCUGCUACCACUGAAGCGGGUGUUAGUGCUGGUGGCGCGGAUAACACUUCCACUACCAUAAUUGUUCCACCGCCUGUUUCUGCUGGUUCUCUUGCAGCCGGAGCUCUUCGACCAGACGAAGAUGACGAGGACGAUGAUGAAGAUGAUCUGGAGGCAGAGAACAACCGACAGCGUAUGAGAGCUCUCGUGGAUAUGGGUUUCCCUGAGAGGCGUGUAAUGCGUGCCAUUGCUGAGACUAGCACACUUGAGCAAGCCACAGAAUUCCUCUUGAUGAGUCCCGCCACCGAUCACUUGGCUCUUGGUAUCUUGGGAAGUUUGGAUCGUGACGCUCCUGACGCCGAACUCUCAGAAGACGCGCAGAUGUUGCGUGCCAUCGCUAUGUCCUUGCAGGAGGACCUUACACCAGCCACCGACGGCACAACUCCUUCGACUUCUACUGCUGCACCGAACGAUACUGCCGAUCCUGCCUCGACAUCAGCUGCAAGUGAGGCAACCCAGCCUUCGUCGUCUGGGACUACGCCAUCUUCUCGUAGUAAGAUCCCAGUGGGACGUGCGCAGCUCUUUGAAGCUCCUCUCAAGAAAGAAGAGCUGGAUGCUUUCACGGACAAUCUUCUGGAGGGCUGCCUGCGCCAACUCGACGCUCAAGGAGAAAUAGUUUACAAAGUUUGUGAUCUCCUUACAACCUGCAGCAAACGAAACGGCCCCAAAUGGCUCGAAAAAAUGCUGAAAACUUUGGUAGAAGAGAUCAGUUGUGAAGCGCUUGAGCUGCAACGCAUGGCAUCGUCGGCGGCAUGCUAUGAUGACGUGCGUCAGCUCUGGGCAUCACCUCUUGCCAACAAGUUUGCUAUGCGCUUACACUUGAUGACUCUUCUGCUUGAAGAAGUGCGCCACACAUGCACUCAGCACAUCACUUGUGAUGAGCUCAUCAACCACCUUACUCUUUUGCUGUGCGAUACAGAAGCUGCUAUGUCCAGCUACUCCCGCACUGCUGGAACUGCGGGCGCUGCGGAAGAGGAGUGUAAAGAAAAACCACAGCAAGAAUCGACUCAAACUAGUUCUGCAACAUCAGUAUCUGUGCUGCUUAUGCCGUUAAACCUUGCCUCUUUAGACAUACCUGAACGAAACACCUCGGUCAACAAAACGACUCAAUCCACAACACCUAAGUGGAUUGCACCCGCGCUUUUGUUCAUUGAUUUAUAUGAGAAAAUCUUCGUUGCCGCCCGAAAACGAAUGGCGCUUCUUAAGAAACACAAACGAGUAUGGAAGUGCUUCGACAUCAACUCUCAUAAGUGGGUUGCUUACACAGCAGCUAAUAACAAAAUUAUUGACGACGCUUACUUUGCGGGCGAGAGUUCAGUACGGAUCAUCAAUGCCCGAAGAAAAUAUCUCAUCCAGUUUGCCUCUCUUGUACAAAUAAGCGAAGAGUCUGGCAACCGCCGACCGGUCAUGGUGUCAUGGGACGAUGAUGUCAACAAAACCGGCUCUGCCAAAGCUAGUUCAACCAAUAUCGCUGGUACUGCCUCAUCCUCUACUGCCACAGCUACAACUACUGGUGGUGCAGUAGGAGGAUCUGAUAUCACAUCGUCCCCUGCAGAAUUGCCUGCAGCAGAACCUACAGGGACGGGUGUGUUGUCAGGUCCCCUCUUUCUCACCAUGGAACAGCAGUUCCUAGAUUUCAUGCAAGGUUCAGGAGAAUGGGGCCCUUCAGAGCGCUCUACCCAACACCUGCUUCCUCCGCCCCCUCCUUCCUCUCACGGAGGAGACCUCACAUCUCCUACGGCAGACCCAAUGAGUGAAAUUACUUCCAAGAUGCCCGAGGCACAGGAGAUGAUGGACAUGGAUGAGGAAUCUAAAGAGAGCGAGGCCGACAUUGUUGACGAACUGCCCGACAACAUUUCAGAGUCCCUUAUCAGAGUGUGUGUAGGCCUGCUGAAACAUGGAGUUGACACGGACACACUGCACGCAGUUCUGCGCCUCAGUCUGCGCUUGACGCGGGUGUGGUCACGGGCGGCGCAGUUCGCGCGCCUGGGAGGCAUUAAAGCUUUACUCGAGUGCAGCGACGCGCUCGCUUUCAAGGGCUUCUACAACCUCGCUGCUCUUCUCAUGCGGCACGUGCUCGAAGAGCCACGUACCCUCAAGCAUGCCAUGGAAAAGGCGAUCCGAGGCACAGUGGGAAGCAGCAGCAGCGCCCCCGGAGUGGGAGGGUCCAGCAGUGGCCGAGAGCUCCACCAUUUGCUGCGUCUGCUGGCGCCUGCAUCGUGCAGGAGUCAUGAUAUGAUGACAAGUCUUGCGCAGGAGAUGUUGCGUAUAUCUUCUACAGUCCCACAGAUCUCCAGGCCUGUCUUACAUCAACCUAACAAUGAUGAAGUAAUAAUCUGCCAAAUUUCACCGACCUACAAGAGCAGCACCGCCAGCAGCAGCGCAAACGAGAGCUCAGCUGAAGCCCAGCAAGUCAUCCAUGACCUGCUGGACGCCCUCACAAUCUCUGGUGAUGAAGACAUGUCUUCGUGCUCAGACCAGUCGUCUCCUGCCGACGCGGCAUGCGUAGUCAACGGCCCCCCUGACACCGUCAAUGGCGCCGCCGAAACCGGAACUUCAGCUCGUCGACAGCUCGAUCUCUCUCGCUCGUCCUCUGUGAAUGACAUGGUCGUUCAAGACGUGGAUGAUGCAAGUCCUAUGGAGAGUGAAACUUCCAAAUUACCCAAUGUUCCCAAACCUACUAACAAAGGCAAACGCCGGCUCUUGUCUCGCUGGAGUAUCUGUAAGCUGCUUGCUGAAUUUGUGAGGUGCUACUCUGACGUUGCCAAACUUGUGACAGAACACGUCUAUUCCCCUGAGACAACAGAAAACAUAUCUCAUGAGUGCAGUGCCCUCGCAUAUAUGCUCGACUGGUUCGUGAGCGGUUCUUCAAAUAGUCCUACUACCACGGACGAUGGUCGUGGUUACGUAAAACUUCUAGUAGGUGCUUUGGCAUCGUGUAACCACGCUCCAGAGUGUCAAGCCGUUCUUGUUAGCGAAGUGAAAAGUGCUUUGUAUCGAGCGUGCCAGGCUCCUGAGAGCAGCGCCAAGCACGAUCAGGUGCAGGCUUUAGUUAACCUCUUGUGUACAAUGAUGGAGACCUGUCCCCCUCAUUAUUCUUCUGCAAAUUCAGUGUUCGCCAAAACCAAUGUGGGUAUGAAUAACAUGCUCAAAAUUCUAGUGCGCAAAGGUGUGAUCACAGACUUGGCUCGUCUUCCUCACUGCCUUGACCUCUCGUCUCCACAUCUUGCUGGCACCAUCAAUGCGGCCCUUAAAGCCCUCGAAAUAGUAGCUCGAGUAAUGAACACCGUGGCUCUGGUUCCGUCAGCUGCUGUGCGCAGGAAAAAUAAUCAAGCAACGUCAUCAGCCGCUGCCAAUGCUCAGGAGAGAGCCGAUGGUGCCGUCACGGCUUCAGCUGCUACCGCAGAUGCCGGCGAGAGCAAUGCUUCUUCUAACCCCACUGCUGGAGAUCCUAUCCAGUCUUCUCGGGACCACGAACAGGCCGAAGAAGAAGAGGAGGAGGAGGAAGGUGGAGAAGAGGAGGAGGAAGAAGAACAAACUCUUCACGCUGAAGAGGAUGUGGAGCAACACGAGGGCCCAGCAGGGGACCUUGAUGCCAUUCUGAGCAGAAUAAUAGACAACAGGCGCCGGGAGACAGAGUCUGGUGGGGAAGGUGGAGAAGAUGAUAAUGGUGAUGAUGACGACGAUGACGGUGACCGCAACAACGCCCUGGCGACUCUGACCUUCGUGAUCAGUGAUCAGCCCAUGGACACGGAGGACGACACGUUGCAUGAUUCCAGAAUGGUCACGCAUUCUGAGAGUCAAUUCUUAGAAGAUCAUGAGGAGACUAACGAUGAUCACGACUCAUCAUCGUCGUCUUCUGAUUCUAGCGACGACGACGACGAUGAUGAUGAUAAUGACGAUGAUGGUGACAACGAAGAUAAUGAGGACGUCGUUCAUGACGAAAAUCACGCUGACGGAGACGAUGAAGAUGAGGAUAUGGAUGACGGUAGCGUGAUAGACGAGGAGGAAGAAGAGGAAGAUGAAGAAGAAGAGGAGGGAGAACCUGUCUUGUUCGAUGACAGUUUCCUGAGGAUGUCCGGAGGUGACCGAGACUCCGAGGACAUGGUGCUUGUACCCACAUACCAGCACUACAUCGACACCAUUGAUACCAUCGACCACAUGAUCUUUGGUAACCGACUUACCAUCCCACAGCAUGGUAGUAGCUUCGGGCUCCACGAUGACCAGGGUUUUAUGGCCCUGAGUACUGCUUCGUCGUCAACAGGUGCUGGUGGUGGGAACUCUGCCAUCCCUGCUCACCCGCUGCUGCAGAACCCUCGUGACGGGGGUGCUGCAGCUGCAGGCGCAGCGGCAUCCUCCAGUGGAGGUGCCGGUGGAUCACUUCCUGGAGGAGGUGCUGGGGGAUCUGGAGGACGCGGGUCCCAGGCGAGAGGGGGCCGGUCACGCGGUGUGCUAAGGUACAGCCACACGCCACGCGUCACCCAUAGCGCCAAUUCUGCACUGCUGCAGAGGUUGCUGGGCCGCAACCCCUCUGACGUUCUCGAGUUAAGUUCAAGCCUGCGCGACACAACGCAAGUUUGGUUCACUAAUCAGGACGUCCGAAUCUUCCAACCUGAUACCGACCCUCUCUUGUCACAGUUCUUGACACAGAACACAAGCGUGCUGGGUGGAGGCUGCAACUCCCUGUCCAACAUCCCCAGCUCUAUGGCCCGCUGGACUGAAGAAGCCCGGGUUCUACAUUCUGAUGCCGUGCACGAUACUAUUAUGCGUGUGAAAGGCCCACUGCUCUCUGUGCUGGAGACUCGACGAGCAGCUGAACAAGCCGAACGAGACCGCAAAAAGAAGGAACAAGAGGCUGCCUCCGAACCUUCAUCCCUGCCUGCCUUACUGUCAUCGCGCAGUAUGAGCGAUCAACCUUCAAGUAAAUUGGUAUCUAACGUGCAAGACGGUGGUUCGGUUACUGAUGACCUGCAGAAUUCAACUCCCGAGACCGCUGAUGUCUCGCAUUCUGCCCUUCCUCCUGCCCCCACUACACCACCAGUGCCUGCAGGAGGCACGUUUGAAGAAUCUAUUGCUUCUUUUGCAACAGCGUCUUCGGAAUCUUCUCAUGAACCGACCGCUGCUCCCACCGAUCUUUCGAUCGCGUCGUCUUCUCACCCUUCCCGCUCAAUCGUCACGUCUGAAUCACCCGUUACUUCUAUUGCUCCGGCCAGUAUAGAGCCUCCUACUUCUCUUCAUAACUUGCUAAGCGAUGCGGACGCAUCUUCAGAUGCACUAAGGCUUACGCCUGGCAUGAUCAUAUCUUCUGCGACUCCAGCGGCUGAAGACAACAGAUCCAGGAGCGCGGUUAGUACCAGCGCCACCGAGGAUUAUGGAUCUAGUGCGAGUAUUACAAAUACUGCCAACUCGGUCGAUACGUUGUUUUCACUGUCAUCCACCUCUGCUGCUAUAGUUCCGAGCGAAACCAUUCCUCCUGUACCGCCCCUUCCACAAUUGAGUCCAUCACGUGAACAAAGUCUAAGUUAUACCGAUUACGAGAGCGCACAGUCUUCUGAGCCUCCAAGUCUUAGCCACGUAGAGACACAGCGCGAAGAUACUGAUGCAACCGGAGAAGAUGUUCCUACCUCUGUUGAUGCUCCUGAUGUAUUACAUACUUCAGCCUCUAAUAUUGAUGCCGGCAAUGCUGCACAAGGCACCACUGCUGCAGAAACGGUGCAGCAACAGCCUGAUGCUUCUGCUCUCCCUGAAGCUAUGGCUGUUAGCCCUGCUUCAUCUCCAAUGCUGCAAGCCAUAAACGCCGUGAGCGAGUCUCUCUCAUCAUUGGCUGCUGCGACUGAGUCCUCCAGCUCCACUACACCCGCAGCUGUGGCGAACCCAGGCGUGAUACACGCGCGCGACACGGAGUUUGCCGAUAUUCUGGGCGACAUAGAGAUACCUGAAGGCGUUGACCCCAGCUUCUUGGCCGCGUUGCCCGAGGAUAUGAGACAGGAAGUCAUCAGCGAACACCUCAGACUGCUGCGGGCGAGGAACCGCGCAAACGAAGCUCCCGGCAGCCGCCCCCCUGCAGGCGAGGGGGCGCCCCAAGAAGCCACCGGAGAGGUGAACCCCGAGUUCUUGGCUGCCUUGCCUCCCAGCAUUCAAGAGGAGGUGCUGGCCCAGCAGCGGGUCCAGCAAGCAGCAUCUGCUCGCCACAAUCCAGACGAACCUGUGGACGCAGCCCAAUUUUUAGAAGCCCUGCCGCCCUCUCUCAGGCAGACGAUUUUGACAGAUUUGGACAACUCUCAGUUCAGCGCCCUGCCUCCCGACCUCGCUCAAGAGGCGCAAACUCUUCGUCGGCUGCGCGAGGCGCAAACCCUCCGAUCGCAUCAUCGCCUGCAGAGAGAGAGCGCCAUGGGGUCACACACUCUGUCUCAUAUCUUGCGCAACACGGCAAGGCUGGGGUCGCGUAUUAUGCAGUCAGGAAGUUGGUCAACGUCCUGGAACCUGCAACCCUCAUCGUCCUCCACAGGCCCUCAUGCAGCCCUCGCCAGCAAAAACCGCGGACGCCAGCUGCUCGACCACGAAGCCCUGAGCUGCUUGCUGGUGCUGCUGUUCCUGGACGAGGCCAAGCUGAACACAGCUCGACUGCACCGCGUGCUGAAACAUCUCUGCAGCCACGCCCCCACCAGGCGAUGGGUCCUCGCUACGCUGCUUUCAAUAAUCGAAACUUGUGAAGAAAUGCCCCAACCACGCACCCUGCAUCCUCCUGCCUCCAUUCAAGAACUCUCAGCUGCGGGAGAGGUGUUGCCUUCCACACCUGACCACAGCAAGGGCGCUAUCAAGAAGACGAGCAAGUCAACUGUCCUCACCUCAACCCCCCUCGCGCGAGAUGCAAAAGCGUCUACUUCUCAAGACAUGGCAUCAUCUAGUAGAUCCCCUUCUAGUGCUUCAACUGACGAUCCUCUUUCUAGAACCCCUGGUAAUUUACAAGAACUAAGUUCUAGUAAAACUUCUUCCUCAUCCUCACCGGCCUGGCUCAGCAUGAGCAUUGAUGCGGCUCUUGGCUGCAGAGCCAAUGUGUUCCAAAUCCAAAGACCGAUGCAGCUCGGCAAGAAGUCUUCUAGCUCGUUGCCUACGACCGUGUCUGUGUCCAUCCAUCCUCAGGCGUCACCCCUUGUGUGCAAGCACACAUUGGACGCCCUCAUCUCACUGGCCAAGACGUUCCCAGCGCAUUUCCUGCCUUACCGCAAACACGCGGACGCUACCGUCAAAACCCCCGGCGCGAGUGGCAAGGGCGAGACCGUCGACGACGCGACAGCUUCAAAAUCCGGCCCUAAAGCCCCCUACUCGACGGACUUUUGGGAACUUCUUGUUAAGCUCGACACUAUCAACGUGUGUAAGAAGGGCAAGGGACUGGCUCGGUCCCACUCAACGACUGGAGGAAGCGCUUGCGGUACGGAGGAUGAUAAUGAGCCCUUAUCUCUGGAACAGUCCCCUCUUGGGCUACUACUGGAGCAGCUUGCACACCCUGUGAUCAGACGUUCUGCUCUGCUUACGGACAAGCUCCUCAGGCUACUUGCCCUCGUAUCCGCUGGACUAGUGCCUCUUCCAUCUUCAAGCCUACAAAAUAAACAGAAAUAUCCUCAAGAAAAUAUGGACGCGCUGCAAAGAUUAUUCUCACUCGCUAUCCAGGUAUUGACGAGCAAGUCGUGUUCUGAAGAAGGAUUAGAGGAUGCUACGUGUAUCUUGGUGAAUUUAUCCCAGUGCUCACCGUCAUCAAGAUCAUUGGUGCUACGACUCUUGCUACAAGGCGCCUCUAUGUUGGGACGCACUGUUGCAGUCCACAUUAAUGCUCUGCUGGAAGAUUUGCGUGCACACGUUGCCUCUGCACUGCCUGCUUCAUUGGAGCACCACCAAGACACCUCUUCAAGGGGUACUCUGAGAGACAGGUUCACGCAAGAGGAAGUGGUGAUAGUGGGGCAGAGCGGUAGCCGCAGUAAAGCACCGUCAGCAGGCAGUGAACUUCAGCUGGCCUCAAUGCCCGCACUCACAAGCAAGACUUCUUCUCAAGCCUUUUUCUUGCGCACUCUUAAGGUCAUUGUGCAGCUCAGGGAUGCCGCUGCCCGACGUCUCAAUUCAGUCAACACCCGAACGGCAGCGACGCGUGUCGAUGACCACUCAGGCAGCGGGGCUGGUGUUCCUGAUGUUGGAGCCGGUAAUGCUGGUGGUGUUCCACGGGACUCGAGCAGUAGCACUACUAAUGCUAACACUGCUGCUGAAAUAACUGGAGCAAAUGCUGCCUCAUCCAGUGGAGUCAACGCUGCUGAAGGCGGCACCAGUAGUGAGACAAGUGCUCCUGCAGUGUCUGUUACUGAAAACAUUUCUCAGCCUCAACAAGAAGCAUCACAACAGCAAGAGAGCAUGGAUGUACAGCAGUCGGAUGAGCCAUCAACAAGGCCUCUAUCCACAGCAUCCCCGACUGCUGAGGAACAUCCUGUCGCGGAGGCUUCAUCUGAGGAGAUGGAUGUAGACCAAGGAGAAGAAGAAAUGAAGUUGCAGUCGCUGAGUCAGGCAUUACAACUAGACGAGCUGUGGCAAGCACUGAGUAAAUGUCUAGACGAGCUCGCGGAGAGUCCUGAUAGCCAUGCUGUGUUGGUGCUUCAGCCGGCGGUCGAAGCAUUUUUCCUAGUACACGCUACCAAAGCCACCGCCCAACCAACGACCGCAAGUCCUCGCUCUGCACAACUUGCCGAGUCUCGAGAGAGUCAGCUCGCUCACCUCAACGAUCUGGCACCCAUGUCACCUUUGCCUCCCGUGCCAUCACCAGCAGCUGCUGCUACUAAUGAUGAUGGUGAAAGUUCGAGCAACAGUCUUGGAGCGUUAUCGACUUUGAGCGACUCAGAAAAGUUCCUGAAAUUUGCUGAGCGUCACCGUUCAGUGCUGAACCAGAUCCUACGGCAGUGCACUGUUCAUCUGGCCGAUGGGCCUUUCAGCGUUCUCGUCGACCACAUUCGUCUUCUUGAUUUCGACAUAAAACGGAAAUACUUCCGCACCGAACUGGAACGCGCUGACGACGGUGUGAGAAGAGAAGACCUCACCGUCCACGUGCGGCGUGACCACGUCUUUGAGGACUCCUUCAGGGAGCUUCAUAGGAGAAGUUCUGAUGACUGGAAGAAUAGGUUCUACAUUGUCUUUGAGGGCGAGGAAGGCCAAGACGCGGGUGGGUUGCUGCGUGAGUGGUACAUGAUCAUCUCACGUGAGAUCUUCAACCCGAUGUACGCGUUGUUCUGCAUUUCUCCUGGUGACAGAGUCACCUACAUGAUCAACUCUUCCUCGCAUUGCAACUCAAACCACCUCUCUUACUUCAAAUUCGUCGGCAGAGUUAUAGCUAAAGCUGUGUACGACAACAAGUUGCUCGAGUGCUACUUCACACGCUCCUUCUACAAGCACAUUCUGGGCAAGAUGGUGCGCUUUACAGACAUGGAGAGCGAGGACUACUCCUUCUACCAGGGUCUUGUGUACCUUAUGGAGAACGACGUUAAUACGCUCGGCUACGAGCUCACCUUCAGUACUGAGGUUCAAGAGUUCGGUGUGACGGAGGUGCGUGAACUUAAGCCCAACGGAGAGAAAAUACCCGUGACAGAGGAAAACAAGAUGGAGUACAUCAAACUCGUGUGUCAGAUGAAGAUGACGGGUGCCAUCAGGAAGCAACUGAACGCGUUCUUGGAGGGCUUCUAUGACAUAAUCCCUAAGCGGCUUAUCUCAAUCUUCAAUGAGCAAGAGUUGGAACUUCUCAUAUCGGGCCUGCCUAACAUUGAUAUCGACGACCUCAGAGCCAACACCGAGUAUCACAAGUACCAGCCUAACUCUCUGCAGAUUCAAUGGUUCUGGAGAGCGCUGCGUGGUUUCGACCAGGCUGAGCGAGCCAAGUUCCUUCAAUUUGUGACGGGCACGAGCAAAGUUCCUUUACAAGGCUUCGCUGCUCUUGAAGGCAUGAACGGCAUUCAGAAGUUCCAAAUACACCGCGAUGACCGCGCCACCGACAGGCUGCCUUCUGCCCACACAUGCUUUAACCAGCUGGACUUGCCUGUUUACGAAACUUACGACAAGCUGCGCCACUACCUCCUGAAGGCCGUGCAUGAAUGUUCUGAGGGUUUCGGCUUCGCAUAGACCUCAGUUUGGGCAGCUACGGCAGCGGCUCCUGAACAUUCCCUCUAAACGCUCACCAAAUCUUUAUUAUUAUUGUUGUUGUUGCUACUGCUGUUGUUGCAGGUGCUCAUACCGCCUUCAGCUUCCAGGCUUCAAGUAUUACUGCUAGACUAUCUAAUUCAAAAUGCACGUUCCACUUCUGCUACGAUUGCCAGAUCAAUACCUGGCUUCGAAAAACCCUUCAACUCGCGUGUAUUAUAAUAGCUCUUGGAGGUGCUACUUGCACUUAUUAAAACAAACUUAUUAUUUGGCGUGUUCUGCACUGAGAAGCCCUGAAUCUUGGUGGAGAGUGCCUACUUGUGUAGCAAAUUCUGGUACACGGCAAACGUCGUCGCGAACCGGCUGUGUUUUGCUUUUGUUGUACAUUUUACAGGCUCUGUCCUGCACCAGGCAUUGUUUAGCUGUGAUGUAUCUAUGGCUUUCUGCCCGUUUAUCAAUACUUUUUUAAGCGUGAUCUUCGUUUAUUGAGGAAAAACUAUUAUUGCCUUAGCGGAAUGAGUAAUGCGGAAAGGGAGAGUAAUGAAUUCACGAUUUUUAAUGCAGGUUUUCUUAUGAUUGUCAUCCCACCACAUGUAUGGAGAUAUUGGUGCAUCAAUAAUAAAAUGUAUUGAAGUUG